AUGACUCCGGAAGAGCAGGUGAACACCAUGCUCUCCAGCUGGAAGAAUCGUCAAGAGGAGAACAAGAAGAAAGCCGAGGAUGGCAAGGCUGGUGAUCCGGAGGGUGGCAGCGAGAAGGCCGAGGCGAAGGGCCAUCAGGAUGUGCAAAGUGCCGAUGGAAGCGAGGCUGCUGCCCUAGACCAAUUCCUGCAAAGCUUGGGCAUUGCCCGAAUCAUGACAUCCAGCUCCAGCUCCAAACCUUUGGCAAGCCUGGGGAGGAAGGUGUUUGUAUCACAACGAGGUCUGGAAUCCGUGCUCAGCGAUUUGAAGAAGACCGGUUUCCUCGCCGACGAUUUUGCUACCACCUCGCGAGCCUCGAUUAAGCGAGCGAGGGAUGGUGAAGAGAAGUCGUGGGAGAAUGCCUUUGGGCAGAUGAUCAUUAACAUGGACAUCCCACAUGAGAGCGAUGACACGAAAUUUGUAAGGGUUCCCUUCGUGCCACCUGUUGUGCUGCUGCAGCACUGCAUCGCCAACGAGCAUUACCAUGGACUGCUCAAAAAGUGUGGCCAGUCCAGCCCUGGAGACAAGCUGGGCAUCGCUAUAUAUGCUGAUGAAGUUAGUCCCGGCAAUCAGCUAAAACCGCUGAAUGCCAGGAAACUACAAGUCAUCUACUGGUCCAUCGUCCAGCACGGGCAAGAUCUGGCCUCGGAGUGGCUUUGGUUCCCUUUGUGUAUACUGAGAAGCACUCUUUGCAAUCGGAUCGGCGGCCUCACUGUGCUUUGGAAACAUGCCAUCCAGCACAUGUUCAUGGAUCAUGACAUGAGGCAUGGUGUGGUGCUGCAGACAUCCACCACAGCAUUUCCCGUCUUUGCCGACCUCUCUGUUCUUAUAGCGGACGAGGCAGCCCUGAAACAAACAGCUGAAAGCAAAGGUGCCUCGGGCACAGUGUUUUGUAUGAGAUGUGCGAAUGUCGUUGCCCACCGAAGCGGGCUACAGGACCAUGGCGAUGUUCUCUCGUCGACAUGCACUGACUUCACGAAGUUUCGCUUGCACACGAACCGGUCGGUCGGUGAAAUCAUGAGGUACCUCUCUUCCCAACAUGGCACGGUUUCCCAGAAGGACUUCCAAACAAUGGAAAAAGCUUUGGGCUACAACUACAUGCCGGGAGGCCUCUUGAUGUCGAAUGUAGGACACAACAUUCCGGAGAUGAUCAUGUUCGAUUGGUUCCACAUUUACUUGGUCCACGGUGUGGCCGGUAACGAGGUUGGGGUGUUGCUAGGCCGCCUCCGAGACAGUGGCUUUCCCGAGCAACAGAUACACGACUUCGUGCAAUCCUUCCAUUGGCCGGUGCAAUUCGCUGGUGCGGAUGCCAAGUCAGUUCUCGCCAAAAAGCGAGAGGACAAGACUGCCCCGGUGAAAGCAGAAGCCUCCGAGCUCCUUAAUUUCCUGCCGGUCCUGCAGUUGUUCCUUAUCCUCUUCGUCUGGAGGGAUGCUGACGACUCCCUGAAGAGUUGCUGUCACGGAUUCUUCACCUUGUGCAAAAUCCUUCGCAUGCUGAGGAAAGCCACUCAGGGUGGCUUGGACCCUGCUGCCCUCAGGGGUGCCAUUAAGGAGUUCUACUACUUUAGUUGUGCUGGCUAG